UAAACUCACAUAAAAACCAAAAAACAAACUGAACACACGCUUCUCUCUAUUUCAUUCGCGCUCAUCUUAGAAGACGACAUACGCCUCACGGCCCAAUUCCCUACUCUCAGUCUCAUCAAUUUGACUUGUGUGUGUGUGUGAUGGAGGCGAUGGUGAAGAAAUAUCAGCAGAAAUUCAGAAAGGUGAGGGACGAAAUGAGCCGAUGGGACGAACUUCAAUCUCGAUUGCUUUCACAGUUCGGAAACGCAUCUUCCGUCAUCGGUAGAUUACAGGUGAUCCAGGAUCCCAAGAAUUAUGGUGCUUUGAAAUGCGUUGGCGGCAUCAAAGAUGCAGUUUUGAAGAAGCAGAUGGAGUCUUUGGAGAACAUCUUGCUUUCAAUGAAGAAGACUCUGGAAGAGCUUCAUGGUAUAGUUUCGUCGCUUGAGAAGAUUUUUCGUGAGGGUAGACAGCUAGUUAAAGGGGGUUCUAUUAAGCCAACCCUGAAACAACUGCAUCAACGAGUUGGCAUAAAACCAACUCUUGCAGAUUGCUUAGACGGGCUUAGUCUUAUUCAUGAGAUGCACCAAGCAGAGUACAUUCUCAAAUCAUCAGUGAUAUCAGCACUUUCAGCACUUACCUUGAAACCCAGUGCGAGUGAUCUAGGAGCUCUCCAGCAACUUUUGGUUGAUCAACCUAACAUUCCCAAAGAGGAAGUUCAAUACAUACUUGACAUCAUAUUUGCAGAAGAAAUCUGUUGAUUUAUUUUCCCUACGUGAAUGAGGAUUGAAACUUCGAAGUAUCCUGCAUUUUGGGGACCUCUUGGUUUUAGUGAUGAUGGCAGUGUGCUUGUUUCCUCCCGUCGAGACUACAAAAGAUCCCUGCAAAGGACUUCAGUCACUUCAUUUUUGGCAGUCACUAUUUCUGGAGAUUUGUAUGGAACCAACUUGUCUUAGAUGAUGGAGGAAAAAUGACGAGUUUGAUGGCGAGAAUCAUUAAAUCACAUGUAUAUUUGUUGCAAAAUUUUGAGGAAAAUGAAAUUAUUCUCUCAUUUAAAUCCGAUGCUGUUUAUUUCUAGUUUAUGCAUCAUAAUUGGUUGUUUGGAAACAUCAUCUUGGGAUGAUCUCGUUCUUUAGGAAAUGUGGCAUCUUAGGCAAGUAAAGUUAAUUUGCGGCUGGCUGAGAUAUUGGUUUCAGUAUGUUACAUGUAUCUUUAUUUUAUUUUUUUGUAAUACCGGUGGAUGAAUCUGGCAGAUCUUGUGUAGUCUGGUUUGGUGGUCCAAAUUAUACAUGUAAGUCCCAGCUUGUUGCUUGGAGUGGCUCUAUGCCAGCAUGUUUUCUUAUCA